AUGGCCUUCCUCGAGGACCCGCGUCUGCGCCAGCGCUGGAACCAAAUCUCCCACAACGCCGGAGAGGUGACGGAGAAUGCGGCCGCCGGCAUCUGGAGCUUCCAGCACCACUACAUCAACCCCUGUCUUGCCUCCAUCGCCAGUUCGUUGGAGCAAUGCGCCCAUCCCUGUCUGGGUGACCGCGAAGAGCGAGCAAGGAAACGACGAGAACGGGAGCGCGCGGGUGGCCGGGCUGAAUAUAGCUUCGACUUCUACGAUGACUGGUACGCCGAGGACCAGGACGGCGGUUUUCUAGGUGGCUGGGGAAACGACGACUGGGAUCGCCUGCUCGCGGGCACUGGAUCACAACGAAAGCAUGCGGGCGAGGUGCAGGACCAGCCCAAGAGAAAACGAGGAAUGAGCUACGGCACCCGAGGCAGAGGGAGCAAGGUGCUGGAGUCCGACCCGACCGUCAUUCCUAGCACGCAGCCCAUCGGGUUCCUGGGCAAGCUGCCAUGGAAGCUAGGCAAGACGCUCCGCUACAAGCCCAGCGCGGCGGACCUACAAGACCAUCCGCGGCAGCACGACGAGAUGGGUAUGGGCGAGACGGAGCCUCUUCUUGGGAGUGACUCUGACGACGACGACGCUUUCCAGAGCCGGACCACCAAGACUAGAAAUCGAAGUGGAACGACAGGGUCCGGCGUGUCAUCGGAUUCUUAUCGGUCGCGGGGCGAUUUAUUUCCCAGUGAUGGGGAAGGCGAAGAAGAUGCGGUGCCGCUGGAUGACGAGUUUAUGGUCCUAGACAAAGUCCGAGAUGACCGCAGCAGCAGCCGGACGAAAGCCAGCAAGGGCAAGCGGCGCGCAGAUGGCCGGCCAAUGUCAAGGACGGUGUCGAGGGCCACCAUCGAUUCGAGCCAUUCGAUGCUCAGUCCGGGGGUGCGGAGAAGUUCGAUGAGCAUACCUACAACACCCGACACUCCAGUGGCACCACCAAUAGAGGCUUCGAUGGAGGAGCUACGGCUGGAGGAGGAGCGCAUUCGGAGAGAGGAAGACGAGGAGGUGGAACGCAAGCGACAGGCCGCAUUGCAACUCGCCUCGGAACGGGGGCUGCACGAUGGCUUGGAGGGCGGCACAGGCGAGGAGUCGUACUUGAAGGUCGAGGUGGAAGAGACGACGGAGCCCACGAGAAAAGAAACAUAUGCGUCCGAUACAGAGGAUACACGCAACGAAGCGCCGGUCAUCCGUUCAACGCAGGAGCGGGCUAUACCGACCGAGGAAUUUGUUCCCGCGCGGUUACCGAGCUUCAGAUAG